AUGGAAAAUAAGAAUAAUUCGGCGCAGGUGCGUUUAUCAGCAGUGGGCAAAAAGAGUAAAAGGAAAAAGUCACAAAAGCAACGCUAUUGGGCUAAAAAACACCAACGUUUGCCUGAAAUUUGGAAUGGUGAUCAAUUUCGGACUAAUGGUGAAUCAAUUCCUGGGAGAGAGGUGGAAAAUAAUAAUAAUAGUAGAUUUGUCAGAAAGAGGAAAUUCGCUGGUUUAUUGUCCGAGACAACUCAUGUUGAAACUAAAGGAAAUAACGCAGCUGAGGCAGAUAAACAUUGGUCAAAUUCAACGCUGAAGGGUACGAUUUGGAAUCCAACCCCAAAAUGCUAUGACAUUGAAGAAUUGCAUAAAUCAGAGAUGCCCUUUAUUGAUCUUACUAUGUGCCCAGCUACUCCAACUGAUCAAGUUGAAAAAAACAAACUCAACAUUGGGCCUCAAUAUUUAUCCAAUAAUGAGGAAGAAAGUGAUGUAGGUCAACCAAACAGGAAAGUGGAUAUUGCUACAGAAAUAAUAGCGGAUACUGAUGAAAGCAUGUUUGAAGUGCAACAUUUAUUAAAUUCCACGCCGACUGACAAAGUCGAAAACUAUAUACCAGAACGCUGUGGAAGUGUUGUAGAAUCAAUUUCGAAAGUGUGGCAAUUACUUAAUCCCAAUGGCAAUUCCGUUCCAACUGGUCGGGUGCAAAAAAUCAGACUUAAUAGAAGAAUAUUAAAUCCUCCAAAAAGGACAAUGGAUACAAAUUUCAAAGAUAAACUGACCUUAAUUGAAAGUUUGUUGAAAAAGGAAUGCACAGAAACAAGCGAUCAUACAAGUGCCGAUGUAAGUAGAAGGAGCUAUCCUGAGGACUCUGAUAAAAUUAUGACAAACAGUUGUUCGAUUCAGGAUCCAAGCACAAUAAGUGAUGUUGACUUGGAUUUAAUUGCAGACCUGGACGAAAACACAUUUAAGCCGGAAUGCACAGAAACAACCGAUGAUACAAGUGCAGAUGAAAGUAGAAGGAGCUAUCCUGAGGAUUCAAGUGAUAAAGAUUUGUCGAAGAGUUGUUCGAUUCAGGAUUCAAGCACAACAAGCGCUGAUGACUUGGAGUCAAUUGCAGAUCUGAACGAAAACAUAUUUAAGCCGAAAUGCGCAGAAACAAGCGAUCAUACAAGUACAGAUGUAAAUGGAAGGAGCUAUCCUGAGGACUCUGAUAAGAUUAUGACAAACAGUUGUUCGAUUCACAAUCCAAGCACAAUAAGUGAUGUUGACUUGGAUUUAAUUGCAGACCUGAACGUAAACAUAUUUAAACCAGAAUGCACAGAAACAACCGAUGAUACAAGUACAGAUGAAAGUAGAAGGAGCUAUCCUGAGGAUUCAUGUGAUAAAGAUUUGUCGAACAGUUGUUCGAUUCAGGAUUCAAGUACAACAAGCGCUGAUGACUUGGAGUCAAUUGCAGACCUGAACGAAAACAUAUUUAAGAAAAAGUUUGUUAUGAAUGAAACUGAUUGUCCUCUAUGCGGAAAAAAACAUUUUUUGAAGUCGGCACUUGUAGAACAUAUACGUAAGAACCAUUUGAUUGCUGACUUAACAAUGUUUACUCAUCCGCCGAACACUGAAACAGAUACUCAUCUGACGAAACGAAUUGGGUUUAGGGAUAAGAUAUAUUUUGAAUGUCGCGUAUGUCACCACGUGAAUUUCUUCUUUAAUGUGCACAAAAAGCACCUUUUCGAAUUCCACAGAUCCAAACUGCAACGGUCGUGACAUGUAUUUACUUUUAUUGAUAUCAAUAAGUGCAC